GUCAUUUCGAUUUUCAUUUAUAAUUUUAAUUUCAUAGAAAAUUUUAGUAACUUUCUUAAACAAAUAUCUAAAAUAAAAAUGUCACGAAACAUCUAUCUAAGCCUAAGUAACUUCCUAAAUCGGCUUGAAAGUUUACUCUUCUUUGGACAACGAGGCAGACCUCCAAUGGAGUUCGCGUUAACUGGUAUGCCGGGUUUUGAAUCAAAUUUACCAAAACUUUCAACAGAAAACCAGUCACCAGACAAGUUUAGUCUCAAGGAACUUUUGGGUGAUGGUAUCUUGUGGGCUGUGCCUAAACAUCGUCGUACUAUUGAAAAAAGGUUGAAACGGAAAUUUGGUGUGCCAGAGUACAAUUGGAAACCGCUAAUUGCAAAGACCAAUUUGCGCACAUGCAACCAAUGUGGUCAUGAUCACGAAUUAGGCAUACUAUGUCCACACUGUUACAAGAAAGUGGAACAGGAAACACGUUUGAUGCAAGAAAAAAUUCAACAAGAGUUAGGACUUGAGCCUAUUGAAAAUGAAGUAAUCGUACUAUACGAAGGAGAGCAAAUGGAAAAAUCAGCAGAUGGUACAAACGAACGAAAAGUGCGUGUUGUAGAAAUGGAAAAACCACGCCCCGUUUGGUUCAGCAAAAAUUUAAUGCAAAAGACCACUACGCAGCCAGCAGAGACGAAGGAAGUAAAGCCAUCAAACUUAGGCUAAGUAACUGUAGUAAAAAAAAAAUCUUUUUAUCGUCAAAAUUGUUAAAAGUAAUGGAUAGUUAUCCGUUAAAUAAACUUUAUUUACUUGUAAACAAAAGUUCUUUGGAAGAUGAA